ACAAGCCCCCCCUAAAAAUUUUGAACGCUUGGACAGUUUAGAAGCCCCGGAGGCUUCUAUUAUGGGGGGGGGGGUUAUUAUCUAAUGUAACCCGGUGGUCAAUUUACUGGCCGAUGCAUCUAGAUUCAAAUAAAUGCUUUACUCAAUGCAACACAUAUUCUUCAAUUUUUUUAUACCAUGAAGAGAGAUAGACAAAAAGGUUAAAAAUACAAUAAUUAGUUUCUCCAAACAGACUUACUAGCUCUCUUCUAGUUUCUCAAAAGAUGAAAAAUAGCAAAAUUUAUCCUUUUAGUUAUGUUUGGUCUUGAUUCUGUUUUUUUUUUAUUAAAAGUUUUAAAUCGUAUUUUUAUCUUAUCCUGUUAGAAACAGGCACAAUUUGAAGUUCAUAUAAUGACGUCAACAAUAUUGAAUUCUGGCGACAAUGCCUGGAUGCUGACUUCGACAGCAUUAGUUUAUAUGAUGACACCAGCACUGGCUUUUUUUUACGGUGGUCUUGUUGAAAAUAAAAAUAUUCUUAAUCAAUUAUUUUUAUCAAUAGUUUGCAUGGGUAUAGUUACAGUACAAUGGUGUCUAUUUGGGUAUAGUUUUACAUUUGGUCCGGGAAAUAAUGCAUUUGGAUCAUUUCAGUUCAGUGCAUUACGCUAUCCGUUUAAAUUUUAUGAUGAAACCAAUAAUUCAACAAUUUCCCCGUUAACAUUUGUUUCUUAUCAGUCGGCAUUUGCUGUUAUAACGCCAGCAUUAAUUAGUGGUAUGAUAUCUCAUCUUCUAAGAAUAAUUUUACUCCUCUCCAAUAAGUAG